UAGGGGAAGGGAGACAAGCGAUAAGCGGCGCCAUUUUGUGUGUUCACUGUCGGCGGCAGUUGGUACUUAAACCUCUGGUAAUCCGGCAAUGGACGGCAUUCUCACUGAUGUUACAGUUGGCAUAAAGCGGGGAUCUGACGAACUUUCUGGCACCAUUCUUAGCAGCUCAAACUCUGCCAUGAGCAGUGUGGUUGUUACUGCUAAUGGCAGUGACAGCAAGAAAUUUAAAGGUGACGAUAAGAUGAUUGGUGCACCAUCUCGUGUCCUCCACAUCAGGAAGCUGUCUAGUGAAGUUACGGAAACUGAAGUCAUAGCUUUGGGUUUACCAUUUGGCAAGGUUACCAACAUUUUGAUGUUGAAAGGGAAAAACCAGGCUUUCUUGGAAAUGGCUUCAGAAGAGGCAGCCAUCACCAUGGUGAAUUACUACACUGCAGUAACACCUCACCUUCGGAAUCAGCCUAUCUAUAUUCAGUACUCCAACCAUAAAGAGUUGAAGACAGAUGAUGCUUUAAACCAGCGUGCCCAAGCUGUUCUUCAGGCUGUAACUGCUGUGCAGACAGCAAGUACCCCACUUGCUGGAACUACAGUCAGUGAGAGUGCAGUGACACCAGCUCAGAGCCCAGUACUCCGAGUAAUUAUUGACAACAUGUAUUAUCCAGUAACUUUGGAUGUACUUUAUCAGAUUUUUUCCAAAUUUGGGCCAGUAUUGAAAAUCAUUACUUUUACGAAGAAUAAUCAGUUUCAAGCUCUGCUGCAAUAUUCUGAUCCUAUAAAUGCACAGCAAGCAAAACUGGCUCUGGAUGGUCAGAAUAUUUAUAAUGCUUGCUGUACCCUCAGGAUUGAUUUUUCAAAAUUGGUGAAUUUGAAUGUAAAAUACAACAAUGAUAAAAGUCGUGAUUACACCCGUCCAGAUCUUCCUUCAGGAGAUGGCCAGUCAUCAAUGGAUCCUGCCAUUGCUGCAGCAUUUGCAAAGGAGAGCUCCCUUCUUGGUACUCCAGCAGGAAUGAUGUCCAGUCCAUACAGUGGAGGCUCUGGGUUCCCAACCUCAUUAAGCUUUGCACAGUCUGCAGCUGUUCCAGGAUCCCUGAGCCCAUUGGCUAUGCCUGGGCGUGUAGCAAUGUCUGGAGUUGCUUCUGCCAACCACAGUGUUCUUCUGGUUAGCAAUCUGAAUGACGAGAUGGUUACGCCCCAAAGUCUGUUUACCCUCUUCGGUGUUUAUGGUGAUGUGCAGCGUGUGAAGAUUUUAUACAAUAAAAAAGAUAGCGCUCUUGUACAAAUGACUGAUGUGAACCAGGCACAAUUGGCCAUGAGCCAUUUAAAUGGGCAGAAAAUGUAUGGAAAGAUUAUCCGUGUCACACUGUCCAAACACCAGACAGUGCAGCUACCUCGAGAAGGUCUGGAUGAUCAGGGAUUGACAAAAGAUUUUACCAAUUCUCCACUUCAUCGUUUCAAAAAACCUGGAUCAAAGAAUUUUCAGAAUAUAUUCCCUCCCUCUGCUACACUUCAUCUUUCAAAUAUUCCACCUUCAAUUACUGAAGAUAAUCUCAAGAUACUUUUUACAAAUACUGGUGGCAAAGUCAAGGGCUUUAAAUUUUUCCAAAGAGAUCACAAAAUGGCGUUACUGCAAAUGUGUUCUGUGGAGGAAGCCAUUCAGGCACUCAUUGACCUUCACAACUAUGAUCUUGGAGAGAACCAUCACCUGAGAGUCUCCUUCUCCAAAUCGACUAUCUGAAAAUACCCAGAGAAAGCUUACAGUUCAAUUAUUUGAUUUUGAUUUUGUGGUUUGUUGUAGACUUGUUUCAGGAAGGUGGGACCACAGUUUAGCAAUUCCAGCUAUUGUCAUUCCUUCACAUAUACAUUUGUUACACUGAAGUUUGGAGGAUGAGCAAUCACUAGAACAGGCAGAGGAAAUUCAUUCAGCAACUGCUUGGGAUAAAAAUUCAAAACAUUCUUACGUUGAAGUUUUUUUCAGAUAAUUCAUUCAUUUUUAGUUUUUGAAAAUUUGAAUAAUGUCUUUUUAUUUAGUAGAAAAAUGAAGAGAAAUGUGCCUUAAAAGUUGAUAAACUAUUAAUACAAGUGAAUAUACUAUGAAAGUGAAGCUGGGGCCUUCUUUUGGGCACAUGGUUGGAGAAUUUAAGUAAUAGUUGGGAGUAUUGUGUAAGUGUUAGCACUAAGUUACAGUCUUGCUUGUUGCUGAAUAUACAUUUUGUAGAUGUUUGGAGUUGACAUUGCAAAUUGCUUAUGUGCAUUUCUAUUACCAUCUUUAGUUUGUAAUUAAGGACUGAAAUGGCUGUGGAUUUUUUGAGCAUGUGCAGUCCAGUCUAGUUAGUUAAUGAAAUUGGUGCAUGUGUCAUAGAAAGGCAAAAGAGGAAUGCUUCAAAAUAAGGAGCAUAAAGAAUAGUUUUGUGGCAGUUUUCUAGAAUGGACAACCAGGUGGGACCAAAGUUUAUGUGCCUUUAGUCUUAAUUUACCUUGCAUUGUAAUAUUCAGUUUUAAUAAACCUCUUCAAAACAUUUUGUAUUUGAACAGAAGCAGACUUUAAUAUAAACAGUUCUGUAUCUUCAAAUAAGAGGAAUUGUAUGAGUAAAGUUCAUCACUUGAAGAAAGUCCAACAAUUAUAAGUGUUAAAUUUAAGUAGUUUGGCCAAGAACUUUUCAGAUCUAUGUAUUAGCAUAAAUCACAUACAUAGCGUAUCUGAACUAUGUAGCAAAAAAGGUCAUAUAUAUUUUCUAUAUUAGUUACGUUUUUACAUCUUGAUCUCUAGCAAUGUAAAUCUCAGUAUAGUUUGAAAGAGGCACAAUUAAAAUUAAUUUUCUAACAAAAUUGGGAUGUUUGAUGGUUGUGUUGGCUUUGAUUUUCUUUUCUGUGUACUCUGUUCGCUUGCUGUAGCAUGCCUAAUAAAUACUUCUGUAGCUCUA